AAAAAAAAAAAAAAGGUACAGUUCAGCUCACAAACAAAAAUAGGGCUUUACAGGUGCCUAUGUACAUACAUGGGAGUUCAGUAGGUCUGGAAAAUUGAAAGAAUAUUGAAGUAUUAAUAGUAAGUGUGAAACAAUCAAUAAAACCAACCAUGACAUUCUUAAAUAAAUCCUCUUGUCAGGAUUGAAGCAAUAUCAAAAUCAAUAUAUGCCAGGAAAGGUUCCCAGAUUUUAUGAAAAACUCCACUUUUGUUAUGUACAAUACAUGUCAGAUAAUCUAACGACACAUAUUCAAGAAUAGUUCGGUGCCACAUCCUAACAGAUGGAGCCUUAUCCGAGAUCCAUUUUAAAAGUAUACAUUUUCUUGCAUUAAAAAGAAGGAAAUUGAAAAGCCUCAUUUUGUACUUAUCAAGACUUACAGGAGGGGACAUUCCUAACAAAAAAGAUGCUGGAUCUGGAACCACAGAAACACCCAAAACUUUACUCACUUCUUCGGAAACCCCCAAAGAAAAUGCUUCUUGAUUUAAGACUUUUUUGAUAUUUUGGACUAGAAACGAAACAAAAACUCCAAGUAAGAAAAGUAGUCACUGAAUGUAUUGCCAAUUUUCCCUCAAUGGUGAGUAGAUGUAAGUGAGAGAUGUCUAACUGGUGUGUGUGGUGCAGGAUGAGCCGCUUUCUGAACGUGUUGAGGAGCUGGCUGCUGAUGGUGUCUGUGAUCGCGGUGGGAAACACCGUCCAGAGCUUCAGAGAUCACAGCUUUCUGUCCGAGAAACUCUACACAGGCUCUCCUGAUUAUGUAAACGGUCUUCAGGCCAGAACCUUCGGCAUCUGGACGCUCCUGUCCUCCAUCAUCCGAUGUGCCUGUGCCAUAGACAUUCAGAACAGAACGCUUUAUCACAUCACCCUGUGGACGUUUGUUCUGGCUCUGGGCCACUUCCUGUCUGAAGCGUUCAUCUACAGAACCGCUCCUCUGACCAUUGGAGUGAUGGCUCCUCUGAUUGUAGCAGGUUUCUCCAUCGUGGCGAUGCUGUUUGGCUUCCAGUGUAUCGUUGAGCCUCAGGAAGCGUCAGGAGCCCGACAGAAGAAGAGAAAUUAAACUAAACAUCCCUCUUUGAGGGCGGCACUGUGACUUCAGGGCAAGAAGGUCGCUGAUUCGAGUCCCGGCUGGGUCAGUUGGCAUUUCUGUGUGGAGUUUGCAUGUUCUCCCCGAGUUAGUGUUGGUUUUCUCCGGCUG